AUGCAGGAGUUUCACAUCGGGAUAACAUGCAAUCCUUGGCUAGGCCAAAACAGUAAAAAUACACUUAUUCAGAUGCCAACAGAUAUAGUAGAAAACACGAAAGAAGUAGAUUUUACAAUUAAAUAUAAAACCGAAAUGUGCCGAAAUUGGGAGAAUGGUAAGUGCGAAUUUGGGGAUUCAUGCGCAUUUGCUCAUGGGAUUCAUGAGCUUCGAGAGAAAAAUAAUAUUUAUUUUUAAUUUUUUAUUUAAAAAUUAAAAAAAAUAAAAAAAAAAAUUUUAUAAUACAGAAAACCACUCUUCCGAACAAUUACAGAACGAAAAAAUGUAAGCAAUUUUAUGAGCUAGGGUAUUGCCUUUAUGGAACUCGAUGCCAGUUCAAACACCGAGAGUUUUCCCCUUCAAACUUAAAAAUAAAUCUAAAUACCCAGAAGCUUGUUUUUAAGAAAGGGAAUGAUGAUAGUGCUAAAAGAAGACUUAAAAUUUUCGAGGAGCUUGAAUAUAAAGGUCAAGUUCAAAAGUAA